UAUAGUACAUACGAUAGACUAUAGACUAUAGAAAAAAAUAAAUAAAUAUAUUGCAUAUAUAGAAAAAGUGGCCACAGCCUGCCGUGGAAAAUUCGUUGAAUUCGCAAGAUGACGACGCGCGGUAUUCGGCGUAAGAAAUCGACGCUGACAGAGUUGAAAAUUGCGGUGAUUGGAGCGCCCAGUGUUGGAAAGAGCGCUUUAAUUGUCCGUUUCUUAACGAAACGCUACAUUGGCGAGUACGAUCAUCAGACAGAGAAUCGCUACAAGCAUGAGGCUAUGGUGGAUGGUGAGCCAGUCCUUUUCGAAAUACUCGACACAUGUCCAAAGGCUGACGAUGAAUAUCCCAAUGCUGCCGAGCUGGUGCAGUGGGCCGAUGGCCUGCUGCUAGUCUACUCCAUAACGGAUCGCAAAAGCUUUAACUAUAUACGCCGUGCCAAAUCCGAUCUACAGUCAGACACGCCCGUGCAGCUGUGCGCCAAUAAGGUGGACAUGGUGCACCUGCGCCAGGUGAGCCGCGACGAGGGCGAAAUAUUGGCCAAAGACUUUGAGUGCAAGUUCAGCGAAGUCUCGGCGGCAGAUCAUGUGGACCAAGUGGCCGAUGUGUUCAACGAGCUGUGCAAGGAGGUGCUCGCCUCAAAGCGCAAGUCCAAGCAGAGCUUGUUGGAGCGCAUGCUGGGCGGAGCACGACCCUAUAGUAGGGGAAAGAGCGACAGCAAUUUGCCAAAAGACUGA